GUGGCCGCCCCGUAGCACCUUCCCCUGCUCCCCGCCGGCAUGGAGGGAGCCGCGGCCCCCGCCGAGGGCCUGCGCUACGCCGAGUACGCCAGGGUCCCUGGCGGUGCCGGCGAGGGCCCAGCCGAGCUGGACCGAGGGCUGGCCAGAACUAUGAUAGCAUUUGGGCUUGGUGUUGCAGCUGUUGCAUUUGCAGGUCGUUACGCUUUCCACCUUUGGAAACCAUUGGAGCAGGCAAUUACAGAGACAGCAAAGAGGAUUUCAACCUCAAGUCUUUCAUCGUACUAUAAAGGAGGAUUUGAACAGAAAAUGAGCAGGCGAGAAGCUAGUCUUAUUUUGGGUGUAAGUCCGUCUGCUGGCAAGGCCAAAAUCAGAUCAGCCCAUAGAAGAAUCAUGAUUUUGAAUCAUCCUGACAAAGGUGGAUCACCUUAUUUAGCAACAAAAAUAAAUGAAGCAAAAGACUUGUUGGAAUCCAGUGCCAAAAACUGAAAUCCGAAGCCUUGGGUCAUAGCAGAUUCAGCAGAUACACUGUGCAACAGCUUUCAUAUCUACUUGCUCUGUAGAGUUUCAUAACCCUGCAUUGACUGUUCCUAUUUAUUGUGACAAUGAAAGAUUUAAGAUUAUUUAAAAGCAAACUGAAAUAUUUUAAAGUUAUGUAAAAUUGUGUACAGUUAUGUUCCUACAAGUAGCAGGGAGUUGGACUUGAUGGCCCUUAUAGGUCCCUUCCAACUCGAGAGACUCUGUGAUUCUGUGUCUCAAUUUUAGGGUUUUUUUAACUGAAUAAUGAUCCAUUACAAACUUUGGAAAUGUUUUUUUUUAAAGUCUGUGGGUAUUUUUCAGAAGUAGUUGCUUCUUUCAUUAAACUGCGGGAACUUUUUAAAAUUUAAAAAAUAGUCUUAAAUAUAGGGGUUUUUCUUCAUUGAUAAAACUUCACCAUUGCCAGAAAAUCUGUGACAAUUCAUUGAGUCACAGAAGUGUGGCAGAUCCUGAACAGCAGGUUUUCAGAAUUGCCUUCCACUUGAUUCUGUUCAUUUGUGAAAUAGUAGGAUUUAUUAAUGAGUGCAGUUUGAGAGGUGCAACUCGGAACAAAAUGACUAAUGGGACAACAGACUGCAGUUUCCCUUUGCUGUUAUCUAGUGUGGAGUCUUCUUCUCUGAAGACUUUCAAGACCCAUCUGGAUAUGUUUCUGUGUGAUCUGCCCUAGGUGUUCUUGCUGCAGCAGGGGGCUUGGGCUCAAUGGUCUUCACAGAUCCCUUCCAACCCCUAUGAUUCUAUGAUCUGUGGGGCUUGGAGAUAUAAAGGAAGAGUCUUGGGUUUGAUUAGUUCUUUAGCAUAUUAAAAGACCUCUGGAAUUAUCAAAUAAUUAUUUGGACACACUUUUACUUGAAGUCACAGAGGACAUUUACUCCACAACAGUGGAGUAAAGCAGAGAAUGUAGGUCCAUGCUUAUAGGCUGUGGUUGUCUAGGUCAGUCCAGUCAUGUCAACCUUGUGUAGGACUGAGACAGGAGGGAGCAAACAGGACUGUACCCAUGAUGGUGGUCACUUUGCUUAUGGCUCUGGGUGGACUUACUGGGUUAGUUCUCCAGUCAUUCUCACAUAUGCUUUGUGCUCCAUUUCCAGCAGUACCAUACACACCUCCUUAUGCAUCACCCUACCAAACUAGUCCUGGCUUUGGGGAAUACUGAAGCUGUGGAUCUCUGACUUUAAACAGAGUAAGUUUUAAUUGGCAGCAGAGAGUAGAUGCUAUUUGGGGCACUUGGCUGCUAUAAGUUCCUACCAGUGAUUUGGCUGCAGAUGAUUUAACUUUCCUAAGAGGAUGAUGAUGAGUUGAGACAGUCUAGUGGAUUUAUUGCAAGACUGAAAAACUUUCUAGUAUCCAUUCCAAUUUGUAUAAGUUUGAGGUAGAACAAGCAACUAACUCGCUGAAGUGCUACAGAUAAAAAAUGUAGACAUCACAUUUCUUAAGUUAUUUAGCCAGAGGAAAAUGACUACAAGUAGUUAAAUAAUUAAAGCAUCCAACCUCAUAUUCAUCUAUUCAUCCAGUGGUGAAUGUCCAGAUUAUAUGGAUUUUUCCUUGAAAGGAAGAAAGAAUAUGAAUUAUUUUUUCUUGGGUUCCUCUCGCUUUGUCAUAAUUCCCUUACUUUCACUAAAGAAAGAUUUAAAAAGUUAAGUUGACCCUGAAAGAAAAUACUAACUUUUAGGUGAGAGACUCCUUUACAAUUAGAGUGGCAAGACAUAUGAUAGAACGUGACUGGAUAAAGCAAAAAAAGGCUGCAGGGAAAAACCUCCCUGGGGAUAGACAUAUGCUCUUUGAGUACUACACUCACAUCAUUUAACUAAUGAUCAAAUACAAGAAACUUUAAAUUAAAGAUAAUGUACUUAAUUCUUAUGCAGUAGCCUUAAUUGUUGUUGUGAUUUUUAUUUUUUUUUUUAAUGAGUAGCCACCAAUUAAUACACACUUAAGGUUAGAUAUUCCUUUCACUGGUGUAUUGUAUGUAUUAGCAAAAGAAAAGAAAACCAUACUGUAUUUCUGCAAGCUGUUUUUUUUUGCAGAUGCAUAUUCCCAACCUUUUUUAAAUGAGAGUAUAAAAUCUUCUGGAAAACAAAAAACUGUCAGUGCUUUUUAGGAUGUUGCUCAAAUAAACUUUUCUACUUGGAAAUUAUUAAAAUACACUUUUGUAGUUUACUCUCUCCUUUUUUGUAAGUUUAUUCCCUAUAUUGGAGCACUGAGUUGGAAGGAGGGAAUAUUAAUCAUUAUCUGAUGUCUCACUGACUGUUGGCAAUACACGAACUAUGAGGUGAGAACCUACUCUCACAAAUAACUUGAAUUAUCAGCCUAGAUAGCAAUGCACCUACUUCCUUUAAUAUUAGGAAAUGACAAAACUAUAUUUAGAAUGAGAGGUACCAUUUUGACAAUGGUGACAUCAUUCAAGUUAUUUGCUUAAGAUUUUUCAACAGUUAGUUGUGAUACACAGAAUAAUUGCUGUACAGCUUCAUGAAACAUUAAAACACUCCUGCUGUGCUAUUACAGCUUCCUUAUUUAGAUACUAACUUAGAAAGAAAGGUUAAUUAGUUGUGGGUUUUUUUAAAUACUAGAUAGUGCAUCUAAUAAACUCUAGUUUUAAAUAGCGUCAAAGUUCUUCUCCACAAUGGUUCCUCUUCAAAAUGGUUGUAUGAUUUAGACACUGAACAAAAUCUGGUUCUGGGUGUAGUGAUUUUUUCUGGACUGUUGAAAUUGAUGUGAGCGAUGUGGAGGUUCCAAAUAUCUGGCUGAUGAAUGAACAGUUUGUGUUGCAAAGAAUGGUAGAGAUCCUGAAUGCUGCAGUGAAUAUAGUAUAAUGAAAGAAACCUAAACCAAAAUCUAAUGAGCAACUAAAUGGGUAAAACAUUUUCUGGAUAGCUGGGAUCAGGAAGCAGUGGAGAAGAGAGUUACACUCUACUCAAAGGCUGGUCUGUCCUGGGACGUUUCCAGUUGAACAUGCUUGUCAAUGACCUGGAGAAGGAGACUCUCAUCAAGUGCAGUCUCAUCAAGUUUGCAGAUGCCACCAAAUGACAGGAAAUCAGGACUGACAUUGAGGGGGACUAGAGAGGCUGCAGCAAUGUGCUGACAGGAACCCUUCACAAAAGUCUACAAGAACAGAUGCAGAGCCCAGCACCUGGGAAGGAGCCCCUGACAGUGCUACAGGCUGGGACUGCCAGGCUGGGAAGUGGCUCUGCUCAAAGGAACGCGAGGCACAGCAAGAACAAGAGCCGGCAGCGUGUCCUGGCAGCAGCCAAGGAAAACAAUCUCCUGGGCCAUAUGAACAGGAGCACGGUCACUAGCUCAACAGAAGCGGCUGUUCUUCUCUACUUGGCCAACCACACUGAGCUGCUGUGUCCAGUUUUGGGAUCUCUGUACAGGAAAGACAUUGGCCAACAGCAGGAGGUCCAGCAAAGGCAACCAGAAUGAUUGGAGGCUGGAGCUCUCAGCCUUGGAGAAGCUGAGGGAGCAGGGCCUGCAUCAGGAAACUGUCCUGUAAUUGUUUCUAUGGGCAGUUUAUAAAGUCAGAAUUACAUAAUUUGUGGCCUCAGCUGAACUUAGAAGCAUAAUUAAAAUAGUCUUGAAUGUUUGGAGAGCUGUGCAAAACAAAAUAUUGGUAUUUUAAUACUGCUGUGUGGUGUCCUGGAGCCAAUGCCCUAAAGGACUCUGAGUCUAGUCUUGGUGUCACUAGUCACAGAAUCACAGAAUCUUAGGGGUUGGAAGGGACCUCAAAAGAUCAUCUAGUCCAACCCCCCUGACAGAGCAGGAUCACCUAGAGCAUAUCACACAGGAAUGCGUCCAGGUGUCAGUCCUUUGUUCUCAAUACCUGGUGGUGGGAAGCUGCCUAGUCUCUGUUGGGCCAAGAGCAAAGACAUUCUGCCUUGUGAAACUGUCAGUGGCCUAAAGAGGGAGAAAUACCUCCUUGAGUAAUGACCACCUAGCUAACGGGCUCAGCAGCUGGCCAGCCUGUAAUUGUUUAGUGGUACCCUUGCUGGCGUCAGCGGGAAUUACUGUGGUAGGAAUUGCUGUAGGGGACAAAUUGAUCAGCUCAGAGAGGCUUAAAGAUCUGAGCGCAGAUGUUACUGACAGCAGUUCAGGUUUUCUGAGUUAAGUAGAGGGCUACAAGAUUCCCAGUUCGAUUUUCUUUACUAGCAGCUGGGCAAGAAACAGUGGGAUUCUCUUUUGAGAAAACAGUAUUUUGCAAGCUCCUAUUUGUUACGUUUCUCUCCUUAGUGUAUUAUUUUACCACCAACCAACAUUGCUCUCAACAGUUCAUAGAUACCAUUUCUUCAGGGGCCUUAAAUGCCUGGGAGAGCAAGCUGGAAGCCAGGUGCUGUGCCAUGGAGCAACAUCUGCAACUUGCUUACAUGCUCAAUUGGCAUCUCCAUAUGCUGAUACUACACAAUUAAAUAUUUCAGUCUUUGGUGAGUCAGCUUCAAUGUUUUCCACCACCUCCUUCAUUAAAAAUGCAGUCCCACAGA